GGUUGCCACCAUGUCCUUCUGCAGCACCUCUUUGAGGAUGAGUGAGCUACACUAGGGAAACAGACUCCAGCUGAAAGGGUGUCUAGAAGGGCAAAGUCCAAUCCAAGUGGCACCUCUCCUGGAAGCAAAUCACUCUUUCUCAAUGACUGCAAUUCCUUCCCACGUCUAUGUUCAGGAUGUCCUGAGAAAGAGAUUGGCAGAUGAGGUGAUCCGGGUACUACGUGAGGACAAAGGGCACCUGUAUGUCUGCGGGGAUGUGAGGAUGGCCCGGGAUGUGGCCCGAACUCUGAAGGAUCUCUUUGCCACCAGACUGAAGAUGAACGAAGAGCAGACUGACAACUAUUUCUUCCAACUCAAGUCCCCAUCUUGUCUGAUGAAGACAGAGAGGAUGCCUUCCUGGCCCCCCUGGUUGUUGCUGAGAAUCUUCUCCUGAUGUUUGUGACGAGAGACGACUGGACGAAACAUUAUGUACUUUCUGGCCUCAACUGUUAAGAACCUGGAAUGGGUGAAGGAGAGUAGGGGAAUCUCCUUGCUUGAGGGUGUCAAGAUAUUAUUAGGAGACACCCUGUUUUCCAGAGCUAUGGUCCAGCAAGCAAGCUGUGCCCUGAGCUUGGCAUAACAACAA